AUGUCGUCUGUCUCUAUACCCCCACCAAAAUGCCUGCUGAAAUCGUUAGUGGUCCCUUAUCGUCACAUGUUUGGACCAGGACCUUCCAAUGUUCCUUUACGAAUCUUGGAGGCCGGGGCCAAUCCUGUCAUUGGACACAUGCAUCCAGAGAUAUUUAAGAUAAUGAGUGACAUCAAAAGUGGAAUCCAGUACAUGUUCCAGACUGAGAACAACAUGACUUUAGCAGUGAGCGGCACUGGCCACAGUGCUAUGGAGUGUGCCAUCUUCAACGCAGUGGAGCCCGGGGAGAGCGUACUGAUGGCAGUCAACGGCAUAUGGGGAGAGCGAGCAGCAGAAAUGGCUGAGAGGAUAGGUGCCAGAGUAAAUACCAUUGUGACGCCCCCUGGUGGUUUCUUCACAAAUGAAGAAAUUGAGCAGGCUUUAUCGAAACACAGGCCAGUGCUGUUCUUCCUUGCACAUGGAGAAUCUUCUACAGGAGUCUUGCAUCCUUUAGAAGGCAUCGGACAGCUGUGCCAUAAGUAUAACUGCUUGUUUCUUGUUGACUCUGUGGCAUCAUGUGGAGGGACCCCUCUGUACAUGGACCAGCUAGAGAUAGACAUCCUAUACACGGGCUCCCAAAAGGUUUUGAAUGCUCCUCCGGGUACAGCACCCAUCUCCUUCAGUGAGAGAGCAUGCCAGAAAAUAUUAAACCGGAGGACAAAGCCUGUGUCAUUCUUCUUGGAUCUGAGUUGGCUUGCAAACUACUGGGGAUGUGAUGGCAAGCUGUCAAGAGUAUAUCACCACACAGGUCCAGUCACUGCUUUUUACACUCUGAGGGAGAGUCUGGCUGUCCUUGUUGAAGAGGGUCUGCAGAAUUCAUGGAAAAGACACCAAGAAGUGGCUGAGUAUUUCCACGCUGGCCUAGAGAGCAUGGGUCUCAAACUUUUUGUCAAAUCAAAAGUGACAAGACUGCCUACGGUUACCACUAUUAUUGCUCCUCAUGGAUAUGACUGGAAAGAGAUCACAGCCUACAUCAUGAAAACACAUAAUUUAGAGAUUUCUGGAGGGCUCGGACCAUCAGUUGGCUUGGUGUUGCGUGUGGGGCUGAUGGGAUGUAACAGCAGCAAGGCCAAUGCUGACAUGGUGUUAGCAGCACUGAAAGAUGCUCUGAAACACUGUCACAAGAGCAAAGUGUAACAUGUU